GGGCCAAAAUUUCAGGAACAGCAUUCCGGAGCAAAACCUUUCUUGUGCCGAGAUUACUGAACCGUCCAAGUGACCAUGAUGUCCUCACUGCAGCAGUGCGCAUUUCUGGUCAGCUUAAUGCUGAUUGCAAUUUUCGUUCACAAAGGUGAUGCUAUCCGUUGCUUCGAGUGCAACAGUGCUGAAGAUUCAACCUGCACGCACGACAACCCGCCGGACACGAUGUCGGUCGACUGUAAUGACCAUAAGGACGGCAACAAGUACACGUUCUGCCGGAAGAUCGUUCAGAUCAUCGAGUUCCCGGUCAACAAUCUUCCCCCAGACAACCGGGUGAUCCGUGGAUGUGGUUGGGACGAGUCCACCUACAAGGGUAAAUGCUACCAGCGUUCCGGAUUCGGUGGCCGUCAAGAGGUGUGCGCUUGCUACGACGACAACUGCAACGGUGCCUCGUCCCUGUCCGUCGCGUUCGGAGUGCUGCUGUUCGGUGCAAUCGCUUUCAUGAUUCGUGCUUAAUCCUCUCAUUGGUAUCAGCCGACACAUAUCCACCGGUACUAGUGUCCUCCGCUAAGUUUUACGUACGUUUUCCUUCCCGGUCUAUUCUUCUUGUCCCACAAAAGAAUCCCCCUCAUCCGUAGGGCUAUGAGUUUGAUUGUCGUCUCCUUUCCAGUAACUUGCGUUGCUCGUUUAACAUAAUUUCUAAGAUUGACGUUACGAAUAGGGCUAUUAGAUGUUAUUAGCACGAUUGCCAAUUGAGUGUGAUUGCAUUAUGCGGAGCACAAUGCUCGUAGAUUUGGGCUCAAUGCUGCCAUAGUUUAAACGUACGAACACACCUCGGACGGAUGUACGGAAGUACCGCAUGCCCGCAUAUCAUGCAGUUGCAACUUUUGUACUAAACGCGUGUUUUAGAGGAAUUCUUUAAUUUUUACGUUUCGCUUACUUUUUUAAUACCAU